AUGGCUGAAAGGUUGUUAAUAAGAGCACUGAAGGGCGAUAAAAGCACUAAAAUUGUUACCUUAAAUGGAAAGAACAUGACAAAGAUGCCCUCAAUGUUAGAAAAACUGCCUGGCUUGAAGACUCUAGACCUUCAGAACAACCGAAUCCCCAAAAUGUGCCCAGAGAUAAGCACCUUGACCCAGUUGACAGCACUAAAUCUGGGAAACAACCUUUUGGAAGAAGUUCCAGAAGAGAUGAAAUACCUUACAUCCUUGAAGAAGCUCCAUUUAUUUGGAAAUAAGAUUCAUAGAUUUGCAUCUGGAGUAUGUGAUGGCUUACAAAAUUUGAUCCUGCUUAAUCUGAACAACAAUCAGUUUACAAGGAUUCCUCAAGAAAUCGGCAGAUUAAAUAGCCUUACAUAUCUGAGUAUAAAUCAUAACCAGCUAGUCAGCAUUCCUAGAGAACUUUGUUUCCUUGAGAAUCUUUCUGACCUUCAACUUAACUACAAUCAGCUCAUUUGCAUACCCAAAGAGAUUAAUUUCUUGAAGAAGCUCCAGAAAUUUCUUUUGGUCAGGAACAACAUUGAAUCUUUGCCAGAGGGACUUUGUGAUCUUUUCAACCUAAGAAUCCUAGACAUAGCUGGAAAUGUUAUUCAGAUGUUUCCACCAGGAUUUCAAGAGCUGAAGUUGAGGGAGUUCUACUGUGAGGGAAACCCACUGUUCCUGAAGCAGCCGGUUAAUGCUGUAAAACACGAGGACAUCUGGAGUCUACAGGAAAUAACAUCAAGAUUUAUAAUGAAUCAGCUAGCAGAAAAGAAUCCUUUAUUAAUGCAAGCCAUAGAAUGGUAUCCACAGAUCAGGAACAUAAUCUCUCAGGGAAGAAAAUGUGCAAUAUGUGAAAAGUCCUUUUUAACCACAUGGCUGGAAUGUGUUGAGUUUUUUCCUCCAUCAAAGAACUGGAAAAUAAGCAGAAAUCUACAGCUGGUACCACUUUGA